AACACCGAAAUCACAUUGUCCUCUGUGUCUGCGGUACAACCAGGACGCGACACUACCUCUGAUUGUUCCCUGAGUCUGCCGUACAAUCAAGCGCAGCCUCCAAGAUGACCGAAGUCAUCACUGAUCCGACUCUUCCUAUACUCCACGGUCCAUCCGACAAGGAGAAGAAGUAUGACAGGCAGCUCCGUCUGUGGGCGGCUUCGGGUCAGCAGGCGCUGGAAGACGCACACAUUCUCCUGGUCAACUCCGGCUCCGGCACUGUUGGCGUAGAGACGCUCAAGAAUCUCGUUCUUCCGGGGAUUGGCAAGUUCACCAUUGCAGACGAAAACAUGGUCGAUCAAGCAGACCUCGGAGUCAAUUUCUUUUUGGAUGAGGAUUGCUUGGGAAAACCAAGAUCGGAGUGCUGCGUCAGGUUGCUGCAGGAGCUGAACCCGGAUGUGAAGGGUGACUGGUUUCCCAAGAACAAGGACGAGGCCAUUGAACAGCUCUUCGACGGUACAAUCAAAUUCACGAUGCUUCUCUAUACUACUCCGAUCGCACGGACUAGGAUGGAGCUGUUGCAGGAGUAUGGCCAGAAACACAGUGUACCUGUGAUCGCCGUACAUUCGGCAGGCUUCUACUCAUAUUUCCGAAUCAGCCUCCCUGCCAACUUCCCAAUCGUCGAUACACAUCCCGAUUCUACAGCCACCACCGACUUAAGACUGCUUACGCCGUGGGAGGAACUGUCAAAUUUCGCUGCAAGCCUUACAGGAAACAUGGAGAGCCUCAGCGCACAUGAGCAUGGACACAUACCAUACGUGGCACUACUGUUGCACUAUCUGGCCGAAUGGAAACAAACCCACGGAUCUUUCCCAAGUACAUAUAAGGAAAAGACGGCGUUCAGGAGUACGGUCGCAGCAGGAGCUCGAACCGAUACUCCAGAAGGAGAAGAGGAGAACUUCGAUGAGGCAGUUGCUGCUAUUCUGAAGACCGUUUCUUCUCCAAGCAUAUCCAGCUCAGUGAGAGAAAUGUUUAAUUACACGCCAAACGAGAUGGAAUCAACAUCCAGCUUCUGGAUCAUUGCAGAUGCCAUAAAACAGUUCUAUAAGAAACAUAACGCCCUUCCUCUGCCAGGUUCUGUCCCCGAUAUGAAGGCCCAAUCAACAGUUUACGUUCAGCUUCAAAACAUUUACAAGGCCAAAGCUCGCCAAGAUGUUGCGGAGGUCCUCGGAACGGUUCGGUCUCAUCCGAUGGGCAAAAAUAUUGAUUCGGCUGAGAUCGAAAGCUUUUGUAAGAACGCCGCUUUUAUUAAGCUCAUUCGUGGAUCAGAGCCGUCCGAAGCUUCCCCUGCCAAUAUCAAAGUUCUCGCAGAAAGGGAAUUCGAAAAUGACAGCCACGCACCCUUGACGGCCAUACCUCUGUCACUCUUUCCAAUUUAUCUAUCCCUGAGCGCAACGACCUCCCUCCCAACCUCAAAUGUAUCAGAUAUUAUUGAUACAAUCAAGAAUACCCUCCCUGACGCCGCUUCCACGCCACGAAUUAUAGAGGCGGCUGAGGAGGUAGCCCGUGCUAAUGGCGGUGAACUGCACAAUAUUUCGGCAUUGACAGGCGGUAUGGUCGCACAAGAAGUCAUCAAGAUCAUCACGAGGCAAUACAUACCAAUCGAUAAUACAUGCAUCUUCGACGGCAUCACGAGCAGGAUGCAAGUACUAAGAAUAUGACCAGGUCUGGAAGGUGCAAUGGCGAAUUACGACGAGGUUUAUGACGGAAUGAAAAGCGAGCAUCUGUGGCGUUAGCUACGUCUUGAUUGUACACGACCAAGCUCGAGCAAGGACCUCGGUCUGAGAACAUACUGCAAACCCUAAGCUUAUUUCAUGGAGUCUACAUGGUCCCCGGUCAUCUGAACCCGACUGUAUCGCAGGAAGCUCCACAAAAUCACUUUAGAGAAGUACAUAUCACAUGAGCCUCACCCCUCUGUUUUGGAUAACCUACUGUAGCAAAAGCCAGCAGUUAUCACUGGUUGCAAGUCAUGUUAUCUGAUGAGCUCCUCACUCGCCACAAAUCAUUUUAUCCCCCCAAGCGCAGGUACAAGGUAUGGAGUGGUACAGGACGAGCCUUCCC